GCGUGUGAAUUGUUUUGAGUUUGCAUGGCAGUGUAAAUUAUUAUAGACAGAUUAUACGCCGUAUAUUGAAACUGCUGUUGGUGCUCUAACUUUCUUAGAUUUUUACAAGCUACGUGUUCCGAAGAUGAAACUACUGACGCACAACAUGUUGACAUCGCACGUGAAGGGGGUAACCAAAGGUUACCCGCUACUUAUCAAGGCUACGGAAGUGAAAGUUAGUGAGGUGGAGUUCAAUCCCAAUUUUGUGAGUCGAAUGAUCCCCAAGCUGGAGUGGAGUGCCCUGGUUCAGGCUGCUGAUGGGCUUGGCCAUCUCCAGGAUUUACCUACAGAGCUGAUCGCAGACUAUGAAGCGAAUGAAGAUUUCCUGCGUAAAGUGCAUAGGGUGUUGCUGGAGGUGGAGGUGCUUGAAGGGUGCUUGCAGUGCCCCGAGUCUGGUCGUGAGUUCCCCAUCACUCGUGGUGUCCCCAACAUGCUGUUGAACGAGGAGGAGGCCUAGAGGCGUAAUUCGGGCUAACCCAACAUCCAUGGGUUCUUGGGUAUAACAUAUACCCGGUCUGGUUAUAUGAUCAUCUACCAGCCUUCACCCUCCCACCCCGACCAUGUGUGGCCCUGCUGCAUUAGAAGGGAACCUGGAUUCAUGUUGUGUGACUUUAUGAGAAGGAAUAGCACUCUUUUGGAUUGUUUCUGUUCUCUUUAGGGAUACGUCUAAAUGGGAUAUUGUAUUUCAUCCCACUGUCCCCGGAAAACCACGGAUUGGAUCUGAAUUAUCUUACAAUGUCUGUGAGCUGAUUUUGUUCUAUUUAUUUUUAUAAAAUGGUUUUAUUGCGUUCUUUUUUUUUUCUUUUUCUUUUUUUUUUACACCUUUCCUUGUAAUUACAUUGCACAGAUAAAUAAAUCCAGUUAAAACCUCA